AAGCCACCACUAGGUCCAAGCUGAACUAACUAACGGUUUUGCUCCGACCGAUCGAUAGCGCCCGGAGCGGUCACGCCGGCCGACCUCGAAUUAAUUCGCGACCACGCAACGAACACGCGCGCAGCUAGCAGAGCAGGCCGAAUAAAAACUUGCUUAGCGCCCGGUGCAGCGCACCGUUGCGUCGAUCGGUCCUUUGCCGCCCUGUUCCCGAUAGCCCGGUCGAUCACGACAUGCUAAAGAGGUAGCGGCAGCUAGCCUUCGCCCUCACAUCACGCCGUCGCCGUCGUCGUCACCUUCAUCUUCUUCUUUGUGCUGCUUCCACUACUCGAGCUAGUUCGCUCGAUCACUUUUGCUCGCGGCGGCCAGGCGUGCGCCACGAGGGGCGGCCGGAGGAGGGAGGGAGGGGUCGAGAUGCAUCAGAUAGGGAGCGGCAUGUACGUGUCCGGCCGGGCGCCGGACAGGAAGCGGGAGCGGCAUCUGUCGUCGGGGUCGGUGGCCACGCCGCCGUACACCGGCGGGGAUCUGUCGCGGUCCGGCGAGCUGGGCCGGAUGUUCGACGUCGCCUCCUCGGCGUGGCAGUCGCAGGCGCCGUCCCCGGCCUCCUCCUCUCGCCGCAGCUCCGGGCACCUGCCGCUGCCGCCCCGACCUGCCCCGUCGCCGUCGGCGUCCGGGCCGCUGUCGCAGCUCUCGCACUCGGGCCUCCUCGUGGGCCCGUCGCCUCCCGCCGCGCCUUCGCCUUCGCCGGCGCGCGGAGGGUCGUGGAGGAAGGCGAGCAGGAGGCGCGCGGCCGCCAUGGAGGAGGCGGCGCCCGUCGUGGCCCGCGGGAGCACGAGGCUCGGCGUCCCGUUCGCGUGCUACGUGCUGGUGCUCGUGGCCGCCGCGGCCGGGGUCGGCGCCGGGCUGUUCUUCCUCGUGGCGUGGCGCCGGUGGGAGGUGCUCGCGGCGGCGGGCGGCGCCGUGGCGGCUGCCGCGGCCGUGCUCUCCUGGAACUUUCUGCGGUGCGCGGCGGAGGCGGAGCGGUUCUUCCGGCUGUCCCCCGACACGGUGUUCGAGCAGGGGGACAUGCCCAUCGGCGAGCUCGUCAAGAUCACCGGGCAAGUGACCUGCGGGCGGGUCCCCGUGGGAGCCUGCUUCCACGACGCCGCCCGGUGCGUCUUCACGUCGGUCCGGAUGUACGGCCGCCGUGGGUGGGCGUGGGCCUGCUGCUGCUCCCGGUGGCAGCUCCGGCACUCCGAGGCGCGGUCGACGAACUUCUACAUCUCCGACAGGAACUCCGGAAGGAGGUUCUACGUGCGCGCAGGGGAAGGCGCCAAGAUCACCUGGAUGAUCAACCGGAAGACCAUCAGCUUCGACGGCGGCGACGGCAAGGGCAAGGGCGCUUCGCGGAGCCUCAAGAGCUGGGCGGCGAGCAGCGGCGUGUCCUGCGACGGCGCCGUGCGCGUCGAAGAAGGGUUCAUCAGGGAGGGGGACACGGCGAGCGUGAUCGGCGUGCUCAAGAGGCACCACGCCUUCGACGUCGUCGACGCGCCAGACGGCGUGGUGGCCAGCAGCUGCCAGCCGGCGAGGUGCAUGUUCCCCGUGCUCGUCGAGGGGCUGGUGCUCAUCGGCAGCGACGACCCCGACGAGGGCGUCUACAUGGUCUAAGCUUAAGCUUGCGACGACUGACCGGCCGGCCUUGAGCUGCUUUGACAGUUUCAGUGCUGACUAUAUUAACAGUUUCAGCGCAUCCCAUGUUAGGUUUUCGCAGCAGAAGGAUCUGCUGCAUACUGAAUGCUGUAAAUUAGAGUUGUGUUUAUAGGCUUGCCGGUUUGAAGCUGCGGUAGCAGUACUCUCUUCUUCUUCUUCUUCUUCUUUUUUUUUUGCUCUUCUCCAAGUACAGCUCUGUCACUUUUUGGAUCACAGCGUGCUUAAACCAUUGUAAUCUUUCACACAGGCACCUUUUCUCAUGUAAAAGGUUUGGCUUUGCAUUGUUUGCAGCAAGGUGCGCUUUACACAUGUAAAAAGAUUGGCUUUGCAUUGUUUUCAGCCAUAUAUGCUUUUCACAUGUAGUACUAAUAAUACUGAUUUCGCAUUGAGUGAAAUGCAUCA